AAUCCCCGAAUCCCGCCCACACACCCCUCCCCAGCGCUUCGGAUAAAGAAACUUCAAAAAUAAACCGUGAUAUAACCCCCCAUCCAUGCUCAUAUUUCUACGCAAAACACCCCUGAUUUGUUUUCUUUUUUUGUUGUUGACGGGGUGUGAGGGUUCCGACACCCAGCGCUUCGGCGAGUGCCAAGAAUCAAUGCGCCCCGCUUUGUGUUGCAGGGGUAUUUGGGGGAAGGAGGGGGGGGGGGUUUGCCCCUGGUAUGAAUGUUGGGGUUACUGGGAUGAAAAGUAGAGUACAACGAUGGAAUUAUGAUAGUAGUGGUGAUACUAUGUAGUACGGAGA